AUGCCCAAGGCCGCCGAAACCAAGACGACCAAGACCGCCGCCCAGCUCAAGGCCGCCAAGGACAAGGAGCACCCGCCGCCGCCGCCGCCCGAGGUCGUCGAGCCCAGCAGCACAGAUCGUCCAGACGGCGCCGUGUACCAUGUCGGGAAGCUCUUGGGCAAGGGAGGGUUCGCCAUCUGCUACAGCGGCCAGCUGCAGCCCAGCAGGCACAAGUUUGCUCUCAAGAUCGUCAAGAGCCAGAUGCCCUCCAAGAUGGAACAAAAGUUUCAAACCGAGCUGCAAAUCCAUUCCAAGAUGCGGCACAGGAACAUUGUUCAGUUCUUCCGGGCGUUUUCCUUUGUCAACUGCACCUUCUUGGUGCUCGAGCUUUGUCCCAACGGCUCCCUCAUGGACAUGGUGAAGCGACGAAAGGGCCUCACCGAGCCCGAGGUUCGAUUCUACGCCGUCCAGAUAGCCGGCGCGAUCAAGUACAUGCACAGCAAGGGAAUCAUUCAUCGAGACUUGAAAAUGGGCAACAUCUUCUUGGAUCAACAGAUGAACGCCAAGAUUGGCGACUUUGGUCUCGCUGCGUUGGUGGUCACGGGCAGGGAUAUGCAGACCAUUCGACGAACGACCCUUUGCGGCACGCCAAACUACAUUGCUCCAGAGAUUCUGGAAAAGGGAAAGAAGGGCCAUGACCACAUGGUGGAUAUCUGGAGCUUGGGAAUCAUCAUGUUUGCCAUGUUCACUUCGAAGCCGCCCUUCCAGUCCUCGACGACAGACGAAAUCUAUCGACGCGCCAGGGAGCGAGACUACGAGUGGCCAAGUGCAGAGGUGUCCCAGAAAUACAUUAGCCAGGAGGCUAAGGACCUGGUGGCCACCAUGCUUGAGGAUGCAGAUCAGCGGCCCGACCCCGAUGCCAUUGUCCAGCACCCCUUCUUCACCGCGGGCUACAUGCCGUCGUCUCCGGAAAUCACAUCCAAGCUGCGAGAGGUGCCCCCUGACGCCGAUGAGUACUACGCCUCCCGCCUGAGCGGCUCUGCCAUGGCUCAGUCUCUCCGUAACCUCCAGGACCAGUGUCGUGAGUGCGGCGUUGGGCCCUGGGCUGCCGAAAAGACGACGCACACUCAGAUUUGGAAGGAGAUGGCUGCUGAGGAAAAGGCUGGCCUGACUCCGGUCAUCCCCCUUUCAGAAGGUGUCGUCUAUCGACCGUUUGAUGACUGGCUAAGGGAGCAGCAUCAGAUCCGUGCAAAGUACGCAGCCUCUGUCUCGUCACGAUCCACCUCGAGCGAGGGACAGGAAGACUCGACCACCAGCUCGCAAAGGAUGCCUCCUCCCACAGGCCUCCUGCGCCAGCCACCCCAGAGCUUUGCGGCUCAACAACGAACGCAGGGCCGACCUGCCACUUCCGCCUCUACGAGGACUCGAACCGCCCCCGAGAUUGGCCUUUCAACUUCACAAAGCACACGAGUCCGACCACGUCAAGAGCGUCUGGAGUCGGCUACCCGCGAGACGUCGUCUUCCUCGAGGGAGGCCCUUGAUUCUACCGCUGCUGCUUCAACCACCUCUUCCACCACUGCCAGAUCCAUGCGCAUGCGAAACUCGGAGUCUAUUCGAUCAGCCACUUUGUUCAGCCCCUCCGAGUCGCCUAUGGAGAUGGAGGGAACGAAGCCCGAUGAAAUUCUCGAACGAUUGCGCGAACUCCAGGCAGAGCUUGAGCGAGCUCUCAAUGCCCGCACCAUGGCCAUUAUCUCUGCCAAAACGGCUCCUCCGCCACACCCUCACAUCGUCGUCAAGUGGGUGGACUACACUAACAAGUUUGGUCUCGGCUACAUCUUGAACGACGGCAGCGUGGGGUGCAUCCUGCGUGACAUUCCCACCACCGAGGGCAGCAAAACAGCUUUGCUCCCUCCGGCGGGUGUCUUCAUCCGUGGCGCGGAGAAACACAUCCUUCGUCGACAAGACGAAUCCUACCCAGACCGCCAUCAACCUGUGCCCAUGAUGGAGCCCAUCCAAUUUUUUGAAAACAACGGCGAGGCCGGCCUUUCGCAGGUCACAAUCUCACCCCAUCAAUUUCGCGUGUCCAUCAACGAGGAUGGAACGGCCGGCAAGAUGGCACCCGGCAAAGACGUCUUUCAACAUCGGAAGAGAGAGCGGAUCAUCCUGUGGAAGAAAUUUGCUAAUUAUAUGAUUGCUUACGGCCGGGAUGAGAUACCAGCCCAAGAAGACGAGGAGGAGUCCACAAUGUCCCCAGGACAAAGAGGCACGCCCGCGGAGCUCGUGACCUUUUAUCAGAGGUUCGGAGAUGUCGGGUGCUGGGUGUUUUGCGACGGACACCUCCAGUUCAACUUUCCCGAUCACACCAAGAUUGUUCUUGACGCAACAGGAACAUGGUGCCACUUCUGGCAUCUCCCUCAGGAGGCGGCGGAGAGGCUCGCCAGCACGGGUUCGAUAGGUGCCACCGCGCUAGACGACCGCGCCACGCUCUCCUACCCACUGCAGACGUUGCUCAACUUCCAGACGAGAUCGUCGGCGCGAGCCUCGACUACGGCAUCGAGGAGGCGGCCCGAAAUCGACCCGGAGAUCCAAGGCAUCCCUGCAGCGAACGACUUCCGCCGAAAGGUCGAGUUCAUCAAGAACGUCGUCAAGGAGUGGGUUUCCAACGGCGGCCUCGGCAACAGCUCGAUGGAGAGGGAAUCUCGCCUGAGAUGGACCGGAUACCGAGAGACGGUGCACGCAACGGCCCCCCAGAAGCACGUCUGGGUCACUAUCGGUGCCCGCUGGGGCGACCAGCGCAUAUCAACACUAGUCGACCCAUGCAAACCCUGGGAGCUAGGCGAAGAAGUGGAGAAUUCAAAGAAAUGA